GCCAAUUCAGCUCCCACUGCUAUAACUCCAGCAAGUACGAAGCGAAGAAAAGCUCCUGUAAAUAAUGACAACACCGUUCAACACACUUUGUUAAAUCAGCACACAGCCUUACCGCAGACUACAUUUAAAAAACAGUACAGAGCUCCACCUUCAACAAUGGCAUUACAACAGUCUAUUGGACCAGCUAUAAAGCUUUCUGAGGCUAACUCAGUUGACCAAUCUCAAUUGGCUGCAGCACAGACAAUAAAUGUUGACAUUCAAAACAUCAGUUACCUUGGUAAGAACAUUAUUGGAACCAACACUGGGACCCUUGCAAUGGCACCAAUAUCUCAGUCCCUUGAAGGAUCCAAGUUGUUGUCGGCUGUAUCGCUUGCAUCUUUUAUUCGUAACCUUCCUAUCAGCGCAGUUGUGCCCCCUGUUGUUUCACUGGCUCCCACCCAGAUAACAAUGGCACCAUCCUCACAGGGAUCCACAACCCCUGUGUCUUCUUCACUGUUAACCAAUCAACUACGGCCGGCUCUAAAUGCUAACCUGCUGUUUACAAACACUAGUAAGUCUGAAGCUAAUCAACUAACAACAGUCCCUCUGUCAAACAACACUGCCAGGAUAGCCACUCUGUUAGCUGCUCCUUCUCCUCAUCUACAUAAAGGGGUUUUAAAACCAACUUCAUCUUUACCUAAUUCAUCCUCUUGCCAGAUUGUUGCAUCUCCCUCAUCCUCCACGCUAACUCUUCAUGAUAACAUGAAGACUAUGACGUUGACACCAACAUUGCUGCCCAUAUCUUUAAACAAUGGCUCCUUAUCCAACAGUUCCAACUCAUCUGGGACACAACUGAGAUUUUUCACCCCAUUUUCCCACAACUCUGUGAUGGCCGCUUCCCUGGGGAAUGGCCAGACCAUGCUGCCUGCCAUGCUGCAGCUGGGAGCCUCUGGUCAGGUGCUCCUGCAGAAUCUGAUUCCCGCCCAGCAUGUCCCUCACCAUCAGCUACUUGGCCAGCCCAUCAUGGUCAUGACCACCCCUGGAGCCAGUUAUAAUGUAACAUCUGCCGGUGGCACUACCACAACUGUUUCAUCUCCGUCGACUGUCUUAUAA